UUCCCGCCGACUCCUUGAUCGAUCCCCGAAACGACCCGCACAACAUUUCUGGUGGCAGCGGUGGGAUCGUUUCGCAGCUACACCCAGUCAUCUGGAAGGAACAAACGAUCGGAAUUCAAGGAAAAGGCCGGAAAAGAAGUCGACAUUCCUGCGGCGAGAAAGAGCCGGCAUAGCCAACAACGUAGAGGAUAUCAGUGACACCGGAGAAGCCACGACCUACCGCAACAGCCAGCGCCACGUCACAAACAUGCGAAUUGCGAGCGUAAUGAUGCUCCUUAUGUGGAGAGGAACAGUACAAGCGACACCUGAUUCUCGGCAUGCUAUUGACUGGGAAUUGUUCUCGCACCAGCCAGGAAUCUACUACGAGAAAAUCGGUCAGCUGAGACAGGCUGAAUCGGCAUGGAAAUUAGUGAUAAAACUGAGCGCAAAAGAAUUGGAGAUCAGACAUCAGCAAUUGCAAGAUUAUAUGGAGGAAACCGCAAUACAGUGCCGAAAAGUAAUAGGCAACGCCCAGUUAGGUUGCCGAAACAUUAUGAGGAUAAUAGAAAGAAAAAACACCAAAUUGAUCACGCUGUUGACACAAGUAGAAACGCUAUACAAAACGACUGACAAACGACGACGAGGACUGCUAGAUGCGGUCGGGUCGGUCAGCAAAAUAUUAUUCGGAACGAUGGACGCCGACGAUCAAAAACUAAUAGACGAGCAACUGCAAACGUUACGAACAAACGGCAAGGUACUGCAGCACGCAGUAGCAAAUCAAAUAAAAGUAAUCAACGCCACAAUAGCGCACUUGGACGAAUUAGAAAAUACUCUAAAUUAUAAUGAAAAUCUGAUAAUGAGUGCGACAAAACGACUAGAACAACGAUUGACCGAGUCAACACUACAGGCAGACGUAGACGAACACUUUAUUAAUCCUGACAACGAUAAUGAACGAUUUAACGAAGGACACGGAAAAUGUAAUAGACUACCUGACAUACGGGAAAAACGGAAUGAUACCGACACGACUACUACCCAUCAAACAUAUAAUAACAGCCCUCAAAGAAGCGGCUACACAAUUACAAAUGGGAUUACACUUUCCUUUUAAAAUCCAGAUUGAGCACUGGCAGACCAUACACACAUACAUCACUUUUAGCGCAUAUUCAGAUGGUCCAUACAUAUACACAAUCUUGCGAUUUCCGAUAGUAGCAUACCCUACAUUUAAACUAGUUAAAGCAAUACCGCUACCAGUACACGAUCAUGCGAAUGUAUUCGCCUACAUAAAAAUAAACCACCCCUUGCUAGCUAUAGAUAAAGAGAAUCACCACUACAAAUUACUAGAGGAAGUAGAGUUAGAACGCUGCAUACGAGAAACAAACACAUACACAUGCGAACAGAACUUC